AUGAGUGAUAAUAAGCUGCUCCAAGAAUACGACACCCUUCGUUUAUUAACUUGUGUCGUAUCCCAGAACAGGCACCAUUUGGUUCAGCAAAUGAUCCAGCUCAUCGUGAACGGAGGUCAGUCGGCACGGACACUGGCCGAGUUCACGCAAAGAUCCCCAUUCCUGGAGAUACAUGGACCCCGAGAGACAUCAGACGCUCCUAGACUCCUACGGACGCACCUGCCGAUGAACAGACUGCGGCUCAGCGGAAAAUCGAAAUACGUUUACGUUGCCAGAAACCCCUGGGAUUGCUGCAUGUCCAACUUCCACAUGAUGCGAGAUCUUCCGGCGUUCCGUUUCGCCGACGGAAGUUUCAAAGACUUCCUAGACGUGUUUCUCGAUGGACAAUCCGGCUUCGGUGACUAUUUCGACCACGUCGUCUCGGGUCACAGCCGCAGACACGAUGCGAAUGUGUUUUUCGUGACCUACGAAGAGAUUGUUAAAGACAGGGCUUGCGUUGUUCUGAAGUUGGCAGACUUCUUGGGCAAAGGUUACGGCGAAGCUUUGCGGAUUAACGGCAGAUUUAUGGAACUCAUUGUGGAGGGAAGCGGUGUGGACUUUAUGAGGGAUGUAUUUGAGUGUACCUUGGGAAAAUAUGCUAAAAAUGCAGAUGAAGAUUGA